CCAAUCUGAAACUCAGCCCCUAGGAAAUCCAGAUCUUGCCUGUCUACAUUGCUGGUUUUAAUUUCCCCAUUCUGCAGUUGCUUGUUAAUAUUAGUUCUGACCUUUGGGGCAAGGUGAACACAUGGUUGGCCUGAAGAGAAAAGGCUCCGGUGGCUCAGGAACUUCUUUGACAACUAACACAGCUGAUAUUUCAACAGAGCACACACAUGCCCCUCUUAUUAAGGGUACUUCCACAGUGUUUUCAAGGAACCAACCAACGCCUCGAGACUCCCUCUUUAACGCCACCCAGGUACCUGCUUUGAAGGUCUAAAUGCAAGAAAGCUGUGUGUCGGAUAAUUAGUGAUGGAAGAGAAAACCUCUAGGAGAACAGGGCAGAGAGAUACUCAUUGAGCAAGUGUUUCCUCCUUGCCAGAACCUGAGCUGAAUACUGGAAACACUGAUCGCAGCGUCAAUACCCCAGUUUACCAAUUCCCCCACAAUGGUGAUCAUGGUGGGUUUACCAGCUCGAGGAAAGACCUACAUCUCCACGAAGCUCACAAGAUAUCUCAACUGGAUAGGAACACCAACUAAAGUGUUUAAUUUAGGCCAGUACCGACGGGAAGCAGUGAGCUACAAGAACUACGAAUUCUUUCUCCCAGACAAUAUGGAGGCCCUACUUAUCAGGAAGCAGUGUGCCCUGGCAGCCCUGAAGGAUGUCCAUGACUAUCUCAGCCAUGAGGAAGGUCAUGUUGCGGUUUUUGAUGCCACCAACACUACCAGAGAACGACGGUCACUAAUUCUGCAGUUUGCUAAAGAACAUGGUUACAAGGUCUUUUUCAUUGAGUCUAUCUGUAAUGACCCUGGCAUCAUUGCAGAAAACAUCAGGCAAGUAAAACUUGGCAGCCCUGAUUACAUAGACUGUGACCGGGAAAAGGUUCUGGAAGACUUUCUAAAGAGAAUUGAGUGCUAUGAGGUCAACUACCAACCCUUGGAUGAUGAACUGGAUAGCCACCUAUCCUACAUCAAGAUCUUCGAUGUGGGCACACGCUACAUGGUGAACCGAGUACAGGACCACAUCCAGAGCCGCACAGUCUACUAUCUCAUGAACAUCCACGUCACACCCCGCUCCAUCUACCUAUGCCGGCAUGGUGAGAGUGAACUCAACCUCAGAGGCCGCAUCGGAGGUGACUCUGGCCUCUCAGCUCGAGGCAAGCAGUAUGCCUAUGCCCUGGCUAACUUCAUUCAGUCCCAGGGCAUCAACUCCCUGAAGGUGUGGACCAGCCACAUGAAGAGGACUAUCCAAACAGCGGAGGCCCUCGGUGUUCCCUAUGAGCAGUGGAAGGCCCUAAAUGAAAUUGAUGCGGGUGUCUGUGAGGAGAUGACCUAUGAAGAAAUCCAGGAACACUAUCCUGAAGAAUUUGCGCUACGGGACCAAGAUAAAUAUCGGUACCGCUAUCCCAAGGGAGAGUCCUAUGAAGAUCUGGUUCAGCGUCUGGAGCCAGUUAUAAUGGAGCUAGAACGGCAGGAAAAUGUACUGGUGAUCUGCCACCAGGCUGUCAUGCGAUGCCUCCUUGCCUACUUCCUGGAUAAGAGCUCAGAUGAGCUGCCAUAUCUCAAGUGUCCUUUGCACACAGUGCUUAAACUCACACCUGUGGCUUAUGGCUGCAAAGUGGAGUCCAUCUACCUGAACGUGGAAGCCGUAAACACGCACCGGGAGAAACCUGAGAAUGUGGACAUCACCCGAGAACCUGAAGAAGCCCUGGACACUGUCCCUGCCCACUAUUGAGCCCUUUCCAAGAAGUGAAACUGCCUUUGCUCUCAUUGUCUCACACCUUUUAAGAGCUGCUGUCCUUGUACUUCCUUUACCUUAAGACCCUGGACUUGGCCUCACUGAAAGAGCCUUGCUUCCAGUGAAGAAGCCCUCAGCAGCUUCGAAACACAUCUUGAUUUCUAGCUACAACCAAGGAGGUGUCUAGCUCUGAAUGAAACUUUUUCUAAGUUAAUAAAUCCUUAUUAAUAAUAAA